CGCCAGCUCCACAAUACACUACUUAACGGCAGCCUCAUCCAGUUUAUGAUGAGGUUGUUUUCGCGCUGCGCGUAGAGGAGAGCAGACCCAUGGCUGGGCACCCGGUCUAGAUACGCCUGUUUUUGGUGUCAUGAGAGACUGGGAAUCAGCAGAGGUCACAUCUAUUCAUCUAGAGAAAAUCGUUUCUGUCAUUCACAGGAUUAACCGUACUCCAUAGACUUGAUACACUAUUCAAAAAUGCAUUUGAUCAUUUCAAGGCACGUGUUUACGUGCAUCGGUGCCGGAAUCAUUGUCGCUGCCUUCAUCUACCAACAGCAAUCACCGUACUGCUUGAAUGAACAUAUGCACAGGGGCAACCCCAAAGAUAGACCAGGAUGGCUGAUCAUUCGUAUAUACUGUUCUCUCUCAUCCGUUUCUUUGCCUGACGUGUGCACCUAGUACUUCGUGUAAUGAAGACUUCAUCAGUACAAGGACCCCUGCAUGUCACCAAUAGGUCUGUAGCAGGAAUUGAACCAUCUCUGUGUUUGAUGCCUGUCACCUCUUGUGGCGACAAAGUUGAUAACGAAUGUGCAAU